UAUCCAGCCUCCGCCCCCAAUGGCAAGCAAACCCGCAAUCCCCCAUCCAACGGUUCUGCGUAGGCAACAUGAACCGCUUCGUCGACAUCUACAGCAGCGCCGGCGACCAACUCGCCCAACUCGGAGGCGACGGCAUCACCGCCGUCCCCGCCGUGUCUGUUUUCCACCGAAGCAAGAACUGGGUUGCGGGUGGGACGGCCAGUGGGAAGAUUUGUUUGUGGAUGUGAUUGUGAUUUGUUUUUGAAAGAAAAGAUAAAUUGUUCGUGUUUAUUAUUCCCCCUCUGUCGGUAUGUGUGUCUGUCUCUGUAUUUGUUUUUAUCAUAAGGGGUCUUGUGGCCGUAGUGUGUAAUUGUAGGUUGUCAAACCGAUACCUUAUUUUAUUGGAUUUCUUUCCCUUUUAUGUUUCAAUCUGGGCAUGUCAGCUGUCAGCUGUCAGCCAUGCACAUGCAUGGAUCAAAUCGGGGCUUUGAUGACAUCCACGGAUGGAAUUGAUCGGAUCCUUUUCUCCGGAGAUGCACGUCAGAUUUUUGGUAUUGGCUAG